ACAGGCUCCCACAAACAGCGCUGCCCGUCAGAGCCGCUGCUCCUCGGCCUCUGUCAGCGGCAGCCUCGGUGUCACUCCACCCGGACAUGGUUCAUUCCCUCGAGAACGGACUUCCCGGAUGGUUGCCAGUGAGAUUGUACGUUAUUUUGUAAUUAUUAUUGGAUUAGCUCGCAUCAAGCCGCGGGUUUAUCCUGCGAGGCCGGAGAUUUGCGCCUCCGGGGCGGGGAGGAGUCCUCCGUUAUUCCACCUCCGUUAUUCCACCGUCAGCUGAGGAGCGCAGGGCCGGUAUGUCGGUGUGUUAACAUCGCAGUCACCUCGAGGCAGGACUCCAUGAGCUGGUAGAGGAUGGAUGUGGAGGUGAGUGCUGGCAGGGACAGCACCUGGAGGAGGGCAGCAGCAGCAGCAGCCGCAGCAGCAGAUGAUGAUGAUGGAGGUGGAGGAGGAGGAGGACGAGGAGGCAUGGAGGCUCAGAUUGUACCACUGGAGCUCUAUGACUCUUCCAGGGCCAAAAUAGAAGCAAAUCUCCGCUGGUUGUUUGCCAAAGCCUAUGGUAUCGACAACGUCCCUGCAGACCAGCGAAACCCCUUCUACACCGACCAGUAUGAGCAGGAACAUAUCAAGCCCCCCAUCAUCCGCCUGCUGCUGUCUGGAGAGCUGUACUGCCGCGUGUGUGGGCUCAUCCUGCACGCUGAGCAGGCUGCCUCGCUCCAGAGCCACCAGUCUGUCGUCCAGGCCCUGUCCAGGAAAGGCCUCUAUGUCCUGGAGGCUGACAACACCCCUGUUUCUGAUCUGGACCUCAGCUCUGCUCCCUUAAAGAUGAGCUCCCACAUCCACCUCAUUGACGCCCUGAUGAUGGCCUACAUGGUGGAGAUGAUCAGCAUAGAGAAGGUUGUGUCCAGUGUCAAGCGCUUCUCGAACUUCAGUGCCUCUAAGGAGCUCCCUUUUGAUAUGGAGGACGCAAUGCUCUUCUGGAUCAACAAGGUGAACAUAAAGAUGAGGGAGAUCACAGAGAAAGAGCUGAAGAUGAAGCAACAUCUGCUGGAGUCGUCGAGUCAGCAGAAGUCUCCCUCCAAAUGGUACUGGAAGCUUGUACCAGUGCGAUACCGCAGAGAUCACCUGUCAGGUCGGACACUUCAGCACUUCCCCCUGCUGGACGACUUGUUGAAGGACGUGUGUGACGGAACAGCUCUGCUGGCUGUGAUCCACUUCUAUUGCCCUGAACUCAUCAGACUGGAAGAUAUCUGUCUGAAGGAGGUUCCCUCCAUAGCAGACAGCAUGUACAACAUUGAGUUACUGAGGGAGUUUUCUAACGAGUACCUGAGCAAAUGCUUCUACCUGAAGCCCGAAGACAUGUUGUAUUCUCCACCGGUCCUGAAGAAUAACAUGAUGGUCUUUAUUGCUGAGCUGUUCUGGUGGUUUGAGAGCGUGAGGCCAGACUUUGUACAGCCCAGGGACCUUCACGAAAUCAGAGACGUGAGAUUGUUGCUCCAGCCUAAAGCUUCUCGAUCCCAUACGCCCAUCUCCAACGUCACAAAACGAAGUUUCCUGACGUCAUCAAACUCCGCUGAUGUCUUGACCAUGCCCCAGAGCUCUGACCUCAGCUCUAUACCAAGCACAUCAAGCUCCUCUCAAUGUUUACUGCCCUUGAGACAGAGACAACAGAAGGUGCUUGAGGAGAGCACUUCAGUGCUGAGAAAUAGGUCCACCUCUAUGGCUCGUGCAGAUGGGCCGCACCAGGGCUCAGUAUUGGCCUGGCAAGAGAGGAGGCAGAGGCCUUUAUCGCAGCCAGUGCCCUAUGCCCUGCAUUAUCCCAUGGAGGACGACGCCGACAGUAUCAGCCUCGCUCGAUCCAUCAGCAAAGACAGCUUGGCCUCGAACAUCAUGAGUAUUACCCCGAAACACAUGCUGGGGUCAGGUCCUCGUCUGUCUCACCACAGACUCAGUGGUCAGAGCCUUCUGAGUCACAUACGCAUAGAAGACGAAGAGGAGGAAAUAGAAGAGGAGGAACUUGUUGCUGUGAUCCACCCCUAUGCAUUUUCUCGACAUCGGCUUGGGAGUGACAUGGAACAAGAUGAGCUAGAAAUCCAGGAUGCAACCUCCACCUCAAGGGUUUCGAACCCUCAUUGCUCUCCUCGCCUUGACACUGGUUGUUUUACUUCGGACCAUCAGGCAGACGGCUACUAUCUGGAGCCUCUGAUGCCUGCCAUCCCCAAGCCAGCCAAAGAGAAGAGCAUCAGCCUGAACAAGCAGGAAGAAAGUGGGGAGAGUCGCUGUAGAGCAGUGGCUGCAAGGAAAGCGCCCACCAUUGUCCCGAAAACCUCACAGAGAAUAUCCCCUGUGGCUGAGUCUAAUAGAAGUACCUUUACACCCUUACCUGUUGCAGAGUCAGUGCCUACCUGCCUCAGGCCGCCCACUGAGGGUUCAUUAGGCAAUUCUCCGCCUGGAAAACAACUGUCCCCAGGCUUUUUCCUUCAUUUGUCGCCGGAGCACCACAGCUCUUUCUCCAGCACACUUGAGGUGGGAUACGACUCUGACUCAGACAUUGCAGACCUUGAGGAAGACGAGGAGGAGGACGAUCAGAUAGAGCAAACUAGAGAAGUGAUGAAGAGAGGAAAGGGGAAAUAUUUACAGGAGGGGGAGGUGUGUGAGUUCGGUGAGGGCGAGUCAGCCAAGCUGAGAGAAGACUUGAAGGUGAGUGAGCGGGACGAUAAGGAAGGCGGCAGUGGACGCUCAAGCCCUUGCCUCAGCACCGUAUCCUGGGCAAGCAGCUGCAGCGCUUCGGGCAGCGCCAGUGUCAAGAUGACCAGCUUCGCAGAGAGAAAGCUCCUUAAACUUGGCCUCCGGGAUGGAUUUUCAAGUACCAGUAGCUCCCAGAAGACCACACCUGAUGGCUCUGAGAACAACCCCUGUCCUCCAUGGCAACUGAAGACUGACCCCACCUCCAGUUGGCUUGGGAAGGAGCCUGGUUCUGUGUUGGGGAAUAAUAUGAUGGGGAGCCUCCCAGUAGUGCCUUCAGAACUGCUGCAACUUCACAUGCAGCUAGAAGAACAAAGACGUGCAAUAGAAUAUCAGAAGAAGAAGAUGGAGACCCUGUCAGCACGGCAGAGACUAAAGCUAGGGAAAGCUGCUUUCUUGAACAUCGUAAAAAAGGGUGGAGGCAAGAGUGAGACACUUCCUUUGCCGCUGAAACACUCCCAGGAAUCUGAAACAGCUGCUGAUAGGAAUAAAAUGAAGUCACUGUCCAGCAGGGAUGACUCCUGUCUGGAUACGCUGAAGGUCCAAGCAAAGAUGGGCCAUCAAGAGGGAGCACACAUGAACAGAGUCAACAAACUGAGCACCCUGUCUCAAAAUAAUGGGGCUGAUCCCGGCUGCCCUGAGUAUUCCCGCUCCAUAGAUCUUCUCAAUGACGCUAUUAGUUCCAUUCAGCAGCAGAUGAUGCAGCUCUCCUUACAGCAGGACCUGCUGAUGAAGCACAGUGUGGCCUCACCUCCAGAACGAGUAGAAUCUGUAGCUAGCCCAACCCCCACAACGACACCAACACCAUCCACCACCUCUACCUCAGAGUCCAAAUCUUUUGCAGUCCACUUUGUAGAUAUCGGUGGCAGCAAUUCUCUUCCUGUAAGCCGACCUCCCAAGCUUAGUUCCAGCCAACGCAGCAAAGCCUUGGAGAGAAAACAGAAUAAAGAGAACAGCAAGCUGGCCUCUAUAGUGGCUUCUAAUACUGACUCCCCAGAGUGCACUCCCUCUCCUAGUGAAAGUCCAUGUGGAGACCAGGGGACAGUGGCUUCUAUGGAGAGCUCCAGGUUAGAGAGAAACAUUCAGAGAAAGAGCACCUUCAGAGUCCAUGGCUUAGCUGCAGAAGGAUUCGGGCGCUUCCAAGAACAACCCCAGUCACCGGACCCACCAGUCAUCUCCAGUACAACUGUAUCUGCCUCACAGGCGGCAGAUCCAGAAGAAGCUGACAACUCAGGAAAAGAGGCUUUGGCUGGAGAUGAGAGUACCAGGGUCAAAGGUCAACUGAUUGAGGUCGACCUGUUUGAGUUUAAGGAUUCACUGGUGGAUGGCAAUCCAGAUGGUACAGACUGCACAGCAGAGGGCGAGCAGAAGAAUGGGCUGGGCUUCUUCUUUAAGGAUGAGGAGAAGGCAGAAGAUGAAAUGGCAAAACGUCGUGCUGCCUUCCUCCUCAGACAGCAGCGCAAAGCUGAAGAGACCAGACUACGCAAACUACAACAAGAAGCCGACAGUGAGCUCAAACGUGAUGAGACACGGCGUAAGGCGGAAGAGGACCGUGUGCGUAAGGACGAAGAGAAGGCGCGGCGAGAGCUAAUUAAACAAGAAUACCUGCAGAGGAAGCAGGAAUCACUGGUGGAAGAGCAGGGUCAGGUCAAGCCUCGUCCGCGGAUUAAGUCCCGCAGGAACAGACCGAAAUCCCUCCACCGUGAAGAGUAUAACAGCCUCUCCAAAGGAUACACCACACAUAAGGACACCCUAGUCGAUCUGAGCUGCAGUCAUCGAGGAUCGACGCUCUCUUUGGCGACAGAGACAGACAGUGUCAUAUCGGGAGGGGCAGAGCCGCAGAGGGCUGCUUCUGUUUGCUCUGUGGAGUCAUUCCCGAUGCUGAGCAGAGCAUCCAGCAGGAACAUGGAGAGGGACUGGGAGAACGGCUCCAUCGCCUCUUCCAUCAUGUCCACAGAGUACAACGGUCCUAAACUCUUCAAGGAGCCGAGCUCUAAGUCCAACAAGCCAAUCAUCAUCAAUGCCAUCGCUCACUGCUGCCUGGCUGGAAAGGUUAAUGAGGGCCAGAAGAAUGUUAUUCUGGAGGAGCUUGAAAAGUGCGAUGCCAACCACCUGAUCAUCCUCUUCCGUGACGGCGGGUGCCAGUUCCGCGCCAUUUACUCAUACUCCCCAGACACGGAGGAGAUCGUCAAGUUCACGGGCACCGGGCCGCGCAACAUUACCCGGAAAAUGAUUGACAAGGUCUAUAAAUACAGCUCUGACCGCAAGCAGUUCACUGCCAUCCCCACCAAGAGCGUGUCGGUCAGCGUGGACGCUCUGACUAUCCACAACCACCUCUGGCAGGUCAAGAGACCAGGGAGCGCACGGAGGAAGUGAGAGGGAAAAGAAACCCUGAUUUCCAGUUUCUGUUUAUUUACAUGUGUUGGGCAGGACCCAAUAAUCCUGGAGAUGAUUGACAUGCGAUCAUGUUAGAUCGAGGGCGUAGAUGUCAGUGUGUGGCAGUGCAAGAGGGUGAACCACCUGACAAUUGAAUGCAGUCCUUUAUUCUUAUUUUUAAAUUUUUUUUGCGUUUUCUCCUGCAUGUCACACUGAUUUGAUUUGUUGGGACGUCCUACAGUGACUAGGCACCGUUCAUGAUGGAUUCUUAUGUAGCAGCGAAGAGGAAAUGGACCCUGGAGUUGAAUACUACUGAAUACUACUGGCAAAAGCUGACACACACUAAUAACAAGUACGACUACAGACAGGCAGUGGUGAACAACCACUCGAUACUAUAUACCGUAACGUUUGCUAUUUCAGCUCGGCAAAAAAUUUACACCUUCAGCUGUGAUUAUUAUGAAUCCAGGCUCGACAUACAGAGCUCCUGUUUAUUCACCAGUAACUUCUACUGGUCAAUGCUUUUCUGAAAGUAAAGAAACUUUUCUAUGUAAGUAUGGGAUGGAUGUUAGUGAGUGGUCACGUCCAGUGUUGUUUUCUAUUUUAGUGUGUUUGAGGAAGUGUGCGAGUAUUUGUGUUAGGGAAGUGGGGGGGGGGGAGCUGAAAGCGAUGACACCUGUGCAUCCAUCUCUGAAUGUUUACUCUUAUUUAUGCUUUAAAACUGUCAUGAAACGGAACAAUGGGGCAAAGCAACAAGACAAUUUAUGUUUCUGUUCGGGACCUGCUGUUACGUUUUUGUGGAGGAGAGAUUACGUCUUUCGAAAGGAGGGUAUAUUUUACCAGUAUUUAUUCCACACAGGAAGCGCUUUGGAGACUCAGUGCAUUAUACUUCAUCAGUAGUGCAUUAUAUAUCCGUACCCAUACGAGUCAUCUGAGAUCCCUGACUGGCUCGUAUUGCUGAACCAAAAUGAUCUGAGCUAUGCCACUGAGCCGUUCGCUGCUCAUUAACAGCUCACAGGAUUCUGGUGAGCAUUAUAUUUCAAUGUAGCUUCUGGCAUUGUACACUAGUAAUAUCCCUGUGAUGACUGUCAGCGGCUGGUAUAAUGUUGGGGGGAGGAAUUGCACAAUACUUGAUAUUUGUUUGCUGCAUUUGUACAUUUUUGAGUAGUAUUUUUUGUACUUUAUGUACAAGUUAUGUUUACUAAAAAGCAGGCACUAUUUUGAGGUUUAUUCUGUCACAGGCAACGUUAUCAGAGACGUUAUCAGACUUAUUUCAUUGUGUUAUGUUGUUUAUUUAUUUUGAAGAAAUAUAAUAAAGUGCAACUAGGUAUGUUUUCUUGCUAAA